AAUAUUUCAUAUAUAUUUUGUUGGGAACAAAUGGGCAACUGCGGAGAAGCUGCUAGAAAGAAAAGUAAACGCGCGAAACUUGAAAAUGCCGACUCGGGGCAACCUUGUCUGCUCUUUCUUCAUCCCUCUCAUCAAUCUGGUUUCAGUUGUUGGAAAGAUUUCUGCUAUAAAACUUGUCCAUAACGAGUCAAAUUCAGUUUUUGGGUGAUUCACAUAAUGGGUGGGAUUAUCAACAGUGUCAAACGGACGCCCAAAGUUGAAGAUGUCACUGUAGCUAUAAAUUAUCAUCAUGCUAGUAAUGGGUGUGAUGAACUGCCCCCAAGAGCAAAUGGUAUUACAACUCCAUCCAAUUGCUUCUCUAAGCAGGCAGCUGUUGCUAAGGUUUCAGCAGUAAGCUCUCUUUUGGGUAAAGCUAGCUCGAUUGGAUUUGGGAAGGCAAUGGAAAUUUUGGACAGUUUUGGCAGUAGCAUCACAAAUUGGGACCCCACUUUGAAUUCUGAGGUGCAAAUAAAAGGGAAUACAAUUUCAAUUUUGGCUUUUGAAGUUGCAAACUCAGUUGUCAAGGGUGCGAAGCUAAUGCAGUCCCUUUCAGAAGAUGAGAUCAGAUAUUUAAAAGACGUGCUGCUACCAUCCAAAGGGGUGCAAAGUUUAAUAUCUACAGAUAUGGAUGAGCUCCUCAGAAUUGCCGCUGCUGACAAGAGAGAAGAGUUGAGAACUUUUUCGAGAGAUGUUGUACGUUUUGGAAAUCGUACUUAUGAUCCGACAUGGCACAACUUGGAUCGCUAUUUUAGGAAGACUGGCUUGAAAGUUACUGAACAAACUCAUUUAAAGAAGCAAGCAGAGAGAGGGAUGGAACAUUUGAUAACUCUAGUUCAGUCAACAGCAGAACUAUGUCAUGAGUUGCAUUCAUUGGAUAGAUUGGAACAAGAAUAUCGGCAUAAGCUUGAAGAAGAUAGUUCAGUUACUGCUAGAAGAGGUAACCUUGUCUUUGGAGACAACCUUGCAAUUUUAAACGCAGAUAUAAAGAAUCAAAUGAAGCUUGUAAACAGCUUAAAGAAAAAAUCACUGUGGUCAAAGACUUUUGAAGAGGUUAUGCCGAAGCUUGUAGACAUUGUGCAAUUAUUACACUUAAAAAUUCAUGAAGCUUUUGGAAGUACUGAUGAUGACGAACCAGUGGAAUGUUCUCAGAGGAACUGUAAAAGGUUGGGGCCUGCUGGUACUUCAUUACACUAUGCGCAUAUUAUUACACAAAUUAACACACUUGUGUCUCGAUCAAGGUCAGUGCCUCAAAGAGAGAUAGAUACUCUGUAUGGGGGACUGCCAUGCAGUGUAAAGUCAACUCUGCGCUCAAAAUUUCAGUUAGUUGAGCUCACCAUUCCUCAAAUCAAAGCUGAAAUGAAGCAAACUUUGGAUUGGCUUGUUCCCAUCGCCAUUAACACAACCAAAGCUCUUCAUGGCUUUGGAUGGGUUGGAGAGUGGGCAAAUACAGGGUUUGAGGCAAGCUGGCAUACUGGCUUGACUAGCAUUCCGAGGAUUGGGACUCUACACCAUGCCGAUGAGAAAAAAACUGAAGUUUAUAUAUGUGAACUAGUAGUCUUGCUACAUUAUCUGAUCAGCCAGGCGGGGGUUGGCCAUGGUGGAAUGCCAUCGUCACCUGUUGAAACCCGCAGCCAGAGGACGAAUGAGUUGACAGCUGAAGAUCAAGAGAUGCUUCAGGAUGUGGGUACAAACAGCAUCAGACUAGGAAUGAGUAAAAGUCAGAAUUUUGACGCAGGAAAGGCCAGCAGGUUGAGCAGACACCAUAGGCUGAGUAAGAGUAGCAGAGACUUCCUAGCAAAAGAUAAACUUCCCAUUGAGAAUCUGUUGUCUAGGCCCAUAGACUCCGAUAUAACCUGGACCAAGUUCUUGGAUGUCAUUGAUGGAGUUGACACAAUGCGCAGGUUCUAAGUUGCACACAUGAAUACUAGUAUGCGUUAAUCCAUCUUUUUAAUCUUCGAGUGUGUAAAAGAUAAUCUUCAGUAGCAUCUUCCCUGCUAGGCGCUCUUAGUUUGACCCAAGGGAGGUGUUACAUGAGUUUGAAUUUGAUGGAAACUGGUGAGCAAGACAAGUAGCAUUUUGUAAAUUUGAAACUUAUGGUUGUAGGGAAA